UUGUGUCUUGUUUUUCGUGCUAACCUUCAACUUGUCAGCUAAUAUCGUUGUUUUCUCGUUUAUUCCUUGUUGUAUCGUAUUCUCUGCAAGUUCUACCACAUUGUAACAAUCAUUCGAGUCGAGCAUCGACAGUAUCAACGAUCGCCAUUCGCGAAAUCGAUAUCGAAGAGGUUAACAAUAAGAAAAAGUCGAAGGGUGAAGGCGGUUGAAAACGAUCGGGAUGCCGGCAGACGCGGAGCUCAGUAAUCUGCUUAGUAGGAGGCAGAGGAUCAACGAGGAGCUUGAGGAGGGCAAAGACGUGAAAAAGCAAUACAAAUUCGUGAACGUUUACACGGAGUUCCACGAACUGUCCCGUCGCGAGAUCAAGCAGUACGAGCAAACCUUCAACAGGUUCGACGCGGGUCACGACGGGUUCCUCGAUCUGUCAGAGCUGAAACGCAUGAUGGAGGUGUUAGGAGCGCCGCAAACGCACCUCGGGCUAAAGGCAAUGAUACAGGAAGUGGACGAGGAUGGCGACGGACGGAUUUCCUUCCGCGAGUUCCUACUGAUCUACCGCAAAGCACGUGCCGGUGAAUUAGAACAGGAUUCUGGAUUAGGCCAGCUCGCACGUCUCACGGAAGUUGACGUGGAUGAAGUAGGAGUCACAGGAGCUAAACACUUCUUCGAGGCAAAGAUCGAACAGCUACGGAAGGCAAGCAAAUUCGAGGACGAGAUCCGCAUGGAACAGGAGGAACGAAAGCGAGAAGAGGAGGACAAGGCGGCGAGGCGGGCACAGUUCAGGCAGAAAGCGGCACUGUUUGGCAAUUGAAAGGAAGACCGGCGGCGAAUCGAAAGUGCCGGGCUCUUUCUGUACCUUAGCGGAAUUCCAAACGAUCCUUUCUUAAUUCGAUUCACUAGUUCUGUAAGCGAGGAUCGGUCUAUCAGUAAAGUUAAAUCAGCCUACUUCGUAAUCGUGUGUUACAACAACAUAGCUCUGCCGAUCUUGGCGCGAAGUUUCCGAUUCUCGUAUUUUUAAGUUGACAUUUGUUUUUCCUUUUUUUUUUAUUUUGGAAAACAGCGACACUGCGUGUCUUUUAACACAUUGUCAAAUGUAACGAGCGUAGAAAUUGAUUUUUUUGUAUUUGAGGAGAGCAGUGAAAAAGGAUGUUGUUUCGUAGGUGAUGAAUUUAUAUAGGCAGUCGGUACAGUAGAUUUCUGUA